AUGCUCGCGCUCCUCGUCCACGCCUCAACGGGCUUUGCCCCUGUGCCUGACGACUGCCCUGCUGACAAUCGCCUCUCGAAGCCCGAGAUCAAGGCCACAUUCCCUACCCCUCUCAGCAAGGAGUCGGCGGCGAGCCCGGAGGUCGCAUCGUGGUUUGUGGACAACGUGGCAAGCAUCCCAAUGGCGGGCCCACCGGCGAUGACGGCCCGCCAGAUCGAGCUUGCCAAGAUGACAGCGCAGGAGUUUAUGGCAGCACGGGCGGCAGGCUCGGUGACGUGCGUUGAGUACGCCGAGGUGCUCACGAUGCGCGCCAAGCAUUACAAGUACAUGGGCCAGUUCAUGUACUGGGACAACAUGCCCGACCAGAUGGACGUGGUCAUGGCGGCCGCGGCCGCGCUCGAUGCCAAGGUUGCCACCGAGGGCGUCGACUCCAUUGCACCGCUCUACUGCCUCCCCGUGCCCAUGAAGGGCACCAUGGCCACCAUCGACUUCCCGUCGUCGGCCGGCGUUGGCGUGCUGCACGACAAGAAGGCGGUCAAAGACGCUGGCACGCCGGCGCUCGUCAAGGAGCACGGCGGCAUCGUUUUCGCCAAAACUAAUGUGCCCGAGUUCGCCGCUUCGUGGGUGACGUGCAACUACGCCAACGGCUGCACCCUCAACCCUUACGACCACGCGCUCACGGUCGGCGGCUCAUCAGGCGGUUCGGGCUCAGCCGUCGCUUCGUACAUCGCGCCGGUCGCCUUCACCGAGGACACGGGCGGCUCCACCCGCCACCCCUCGUACCAAAACCACAACUUUGGCUACGACCCGUCGCGCAACCACUACCCGAACCACGGCAACCCAGGUAUGUCCUACACCAACGACCAGGUAGGUAUCAACACGCGCACCUUCUCCGACAUCCUGGCGUUCGACGCAGCCUUCGUGGGGAUCCAGGCCGAGCACGCCGCGGCCGCGUUAGCAGCCAAGACCAUCGGACAGAUCAAGGUGGGCGUGCCAAAGUACCCGUUCGUUGAGAUAGGAAAGCGUGUCAUUUUUGUGGUGCCGGCAGGCUGGCCCACCUACCCGUCCAAGCUCACCGUGUCCGAGGGCAUCAUGGCCAAGUACGACGCGUCGAUCGCCGCGAUGACGGCGGCGGGCGCAACGAUAAUCGACAAGGAGUGGCUAGACGCCGACGGUAACGGGCGGAACGAUGUGGCGGACAACAUGCUCUGCGUCGGCGACGUCAACGGCGCCCCCUACGACGUGUUCCUCGCGACCUUCCAUUCCUUCUCGGGCCAGGUGGCCGAGUGGGUGCGCGGCUACCUCAACACUACCGUCGCUCUGAAGGACAUCACGGACGACAUCUACACGGCCGGGGCGGGGCAUGGCCCGGGCGGCUUCCUCACAAUCGGCGACGUGACCGACGAGACUCGAUUCCGCUUCGGCAUCGGCCCGUACUACCUCGACACCAUCGACGUGUGGAACUCGUACUUCGACACGUGGGGCGUCGACGUCAUCUUCACGCCCGCGCAGUUCUGCGACGCCUUCACCUACGAGGGCAUGGCGGGCUCCACCCUCUCGCAGCGUCUUGACGGCGUGACCACCUACGACUCGUCAGUCUCGCUCUGCAACUUCGUGGCGUACUGCGCGUACAAGAACAUCCCUGUCCCCAAGGUGACGGUCCCCGUCGGCACCGAUGCCUCCGGCAACCCCGUCAGCGUCGAGUUCUGGGGCCGCUCGGGCCCGGCGGGUGCCACGGACAAGAUGUGGGCGUUCGACGACACGUAUGCCAAGACGGGUGACCUCCCCUUCCUCUACACCAUCAAGCCGCUCGUCGAGGCGAUCGCCGCUGACCCGUCGCUCGUGCGCGUCGACGCCGCGCUCGUCAAGGGCGUGGGCAACCUGUUUGCCUGA